AUGGGGGCAAAAUUAGACCGUGAAGGUAUGAACAACACAACGCGCGAUUUGGGAACAAGGAGGUCAGAAAGGAGGGCGAAAAGAAGGAAUAAGGAAUGCGAACCGCUAAAUUGGGCGGGCACAACACAAAAUUUGCGGCCGG